UACCAUCAUCAUCUUCAUUUCUAGCUUUUGUUUCUUGCACGACAUUCUUUCUCCUUUGUGGGUUUUAAUUUCUCACAACCAUGGCUCCCACCCCUUCUUCGAAACCAAACCACCCCACUCAGUUGAAGACUCCACAGUCCAAGCACCGUCUCAAUUUCAAUGGCCUCAAAUCAGCACCGCAAACACACCCUUCUCCCAACCCCAAUUCCGUUGCAAACAAGGAGCCCCCACCUGAACACCCAAUUGAAGUCAUUGCCAGGAUCCGUGACUACCCAGAUCGAAAGGACAAACCUUUAUCCGUUCUUCAGACCAGUUCCACCUCGAGUUCCAUUAGGGUCCGCGCGGAUUUUGGGUACCGGGACUUCACGCUUGAUGGGGUUUCUGUAUCGGAGGAGGAGGAUUUGGAUGUGUUCUAUAAGAAAUUUGUGGAGUCAAGGAUCCAUGGGGUUAAGCUGGGGGACAAGUGCACCAUCAUGAUGUAUGGGCCAACUGGUUCUGGAAAGAGUCACACUAUGUUUGGGUGCACAAAGCAGGCAGGGAUUGUGUAUAGGUCUCUGAGGGACAUUCUUGGAGAUGGGGAUGCAGAUGGAGAUGGUGGUGAGCAUCUUGGGGUGGGAACUUUUGUUCAAGUCACUGUUUUGGAGAUUUACAACGAGGAGAUCUAUGAUCUAUUGUCCACCAAUGGAGGAGGUGGGGGAGGAGGGUUUGGAUUUGGCUGGCCUAAGGGGGGUAGUGCUUCAAAGGUGAAACUUGAAGUGAUGGGGAAAAAGGCUAAGAAUGCAACCUAUAUAUCUGGGAAUGAAGCAGGGAAGAUCUCAAAAGAAAUUCAGAAAGUGGAGAAGAGAAGGAUUGUUAAAAGCACACUUUGUAAUGACAGAAGUUCUAGAAGUCACUGCAUGGUAAUCCUUGAUGUCCCAACUGUGGGAGGGCGGCUAAUGCUUGUAGACAUGGCUGGGUCAGAAAAUAUUGAACAAGCUGGUCAAACUGGAUUUGAGGCCAAGAUGCAGACUGCAAAAAUCAAUCAAGGAAACACAGCGCUGAAGAGAGUGGUGGAGUCCAUUGCAAAUGGUGAUUCACAUGUGCCUUUCAGGGACAGCAAACUUACCAUGCUUCUGCAGGAUUCCUUUGAAGAUGACAAGUCAAAAAUCCUAAUGAUACUGUGUGCAAGUCCUGAUCCAAAGGAGAUACAUAAGACAAUCUCUACACUUGAAUAUGGGGCAAAAGCAAAAUGCAUAGUCCGUGGUCCUCAUACUCCAGUCAAGGAUGACGAAUCUUCUUCUGCUGUCAUUUUGGGAUCAAGAAUUGCUGCAAUGGAUGAAUUUAUCAUGAAGCUACAAAUGGAGAACAAGCAGAGAGAGAAAGAGCGAAACGAAGCCCACAAAAAACUUAUGAAAAAAGAAGAGGAAGUUGCUGCGUUAAGAGCUAAACUGGACACUGUGAAAGGCAAAGGAACUGCAAGUGAGGAGGAAAUUAACCUGAAGGUAAAUGAACGAACCCGGCUUCUGAGACAAGAGUUGGAAAAGAAGUUGGAAGAGUGCCAAAGAAUGACUAAUGAAUUUGUUGAAUUGGAGAGGAAAAGAAUGGAAGAGAGGAUACUGCAGCAGCAGGAGGAAGUUGAGACUCUGAGAAGGAGACUGGAAGAGAUUGAGUUGCAGCUAUGUUCUUCAAGGCAAGCAGGGUGUAGUGAGGAAAAUGACUUGAAAGAGAUGGAGUCAAGUGGGUUUAUGAGAAGGCUAUUGCGUGUUUACAAAAGUGAGGAUGAUCCUGGAAUGGUGAAGUCAAUGGAUUUGGACUUGGAUGAUCAAGAACCCCUUGGCCGCGAAGUAAAUAUUGUUGGUGGGGUUGUGUGCAGGAGUGAUUACAAUGUUAAGCAAGACUUUUCAAAUCAACCUUGUCCGAAUACUUUAAAUGUUGUAAAAGAAGAUGCUCAUGUUUUUGCACCAAACUUUAGCCAAAGAGUGUGCCUUAGUACAGUAUAUGAGGAAGAGGGAGAAGAAGAUGAAGACAAAGGGGAAGAUGAGGAAGUGGAGAAAGAAGUCAUAGAAGAAAAGAGGGUAUGUAGUGUUGUUGACAAGGCUAGUGGUGCAGGCUCCUUGGCAACAUUAAACCUGUCUAACACAAGUCCAAUGAAAGAUGAUUGUUUUAAGGCAAAUUCAGUGGAUGACAAGGAUCUUGGGUCUUCUAGACUACUGAGGAUUCAAAAUAUAUUCACUCUUUGUGGAAACCAAAGAGAACUCUCCCAGCACAUUGGAACCCCAGUACCCACAAAAAAGAUGCCUGAUGAGUUUUCUCCUGCCAAGACAAGUGACAAGGACUCCGUUUUUAAGAUCUCCAAUAAGGAGAACUUCGAACCACAAAAUGUUUUGGGAAAUUAGCUCUAAUGGUUUGUACAAUUAUCAAGUUUCUUUCUGGAAACGUGACUAUUUCUUCGUUAUCUAACACCCCGUUAUUACUAUGUCUUUUUGUGGUUUUCUUUUGAGAAUUUGUACUUUUUUGUAUACAGUUUUCAUCCGAUUGUUGUUUGUAGUUUGUGUACUAGUUUGUUCUAUAAAUAUAAUUCUGUCA